UGUAGGUUGUUUAUGGGAGCUUCAGGACGAAGGUUUCAAGCGAGUGAGCAUUUUAACUUCAAGGAUGCAGUUUAUGUAUGUGGCACUAGUGGUUCUCUGUAGCUUUUCAACAUCAAGAUCAGAGAAUUUUAGGCUGGUUGGUCCAUCUGUUUCCCUGAUUGCUGUAGUUGGUGAAGACUUCAUUUUACCCUGUUCCCUCCAACCCAAAAUCAGUGCUGUGGACAUGAGAGUGGAGUGGUUCAGACUAGAUCAGGCAGCUUUAACAGUGCAUCUCUACACAGACCAUGAAGACAAAAGCAUAGAGCAGGCUGAGUCCUACAGGGGGAGAACAGCUCUGUUCAAAGAGGAGCUACAGGAGGGCAACACCUCCCUCAAACUCUCAGUAGUCCAACUUUCUGACGAGGGAGCUUACAAGUGCUUAGUUAAGUCUGAGAACUGGUACGACGACAUAACGCUUAAUAUCAUAGUUGAAGUUACAGGUAGAGAUCCAGUGAUCACUCUGGAGGAGCUUUAUGUUUCAGGAGCAUUGAGUCUGGUGUGUGAAUCUAAAGGCUGGAAUCCUGAACCAGAAGUUGAGUGGUUGGACAGUGAAGGAGUCACUCUGAAUGCUAAAGCUACACAGACACACAGAGACUCUGAGGGCUUCAGUGUGAAACGCUGUAUCACUAUUUAUAAAAGUGACUCUAACAGGUUCUACUGCAGAGUUAAACAAAGAUAUCAUGUGAAGCAAACAGAGGUCAUAAUCUCUAAUAAAAGUUUUAUGAUGUGGAGGAUCAGUAUUAUCUUCAAUUUCCUUUUUUCAUCAAUAGUACUCAUCGCUGGUCUAAUUACAUGUGCUUAUUGUAGGAGAAAAGAAUAUUUUUUCGCUAGAAUGGGUCGAUUCAGAAUCCAUGAAAAACGAAGAGUUGACAAAGAAAUAGAAAAGAACAUUUUAUGCAGAGUGGAUGUGGUCAUGGACAUUGGUACAGCUCACCCCUAUCUCAACCUGGUUGAUGAUGGAAAGGAGGUAAAAUAUGGAGAAAAGCGGAAGGAUUUCUCUGAUGCACCAAACGCUUUUGACGACUGUGUUUUUAUCCUGGGAAAAGAGGGGUUUAAAAAGUCAUUUUACUUUGAGGUGCAGGUCAGAGGAAAGACUGAGUGGACUUUAGGAGUUGCCAAAGAGACUAUAAGGAGAAAGGGGGAGAUUGCACUGAAACCUGAGUUUGGAUUCUGGACUUUGAGUAUGGGGAAUAGUAUGUUCUGCCCGAGUGCCAGUGUCUCCCCGAGACAUAAACUCAAAAAGGUGGGAGUGUUUGUGGAUUAUAAUGAAGGUGUGGUGUCUUUUUAUGAUGUAAUUGGCAAGGCUGAACUUUAUUCCUUCACAGAUCAGCAUUUCUCUGAGAAGCUCUAUCCAAUAUUCAGUCCUGGUUUUAAACAUGGAGGUCAAAAUACAGCUCCUCUAAUCAUUACACCUAUAAGUGAGUCUCGACUUAAAACCCACAUAUAA